AUGCAUCCUAGUGCAGUCGACGAGCUCUUUGAUCCUCUCCAGGAGAUCACGGAUGCUGAAAUCUACAACUUUAUCCCUAGAGGCCAUGUUUUCUUCUUCAAGCAUACCCAGACUUCAUGGCGAAUAUGGACAAUACAGGCUCAGAAAUUUCGAAUACAUGAAGAAGGUGAUGAUGAUCCUGUUCCUAAUGGAUAUUUUGUGGUGUUUCUCUUGGAGAAACUCCCUGGAAUAGACCUUGAACGGACAUUAUCUCAAUUCUCCCUUGAGAAGCGAAAUCGUGUGCGGAUAGCCUUUGCUAAAGCUCUUCGAGAGUUCUACAGCUUCAGGCUUUCCCACAAUGACCCUGCUCGACGUAACCUUAUCUGGGGUGAAGAAACCGAGAGAUGCUUCAUAGUAGAUCUGGAAGACGUUGAAGAAAGGGAUCAUCCAGUCUUCAGCACUUGGCGCUUUAACCCCUGGAGGGACUUUAGAUAUUGCGAGCUCUGUUUAGGAGAAUUGGAUCCAGAUGAAGCUAAUUAUGAUCCAAUGGUGCCAGGGCCGCAUGAAGAGAUUGAGGAUACUGAUGAGGCGCUUUAUGCUCUAGCGGCUCGCACGAAACAUAUAUCAGAGCAGGGUGAUAAUGUAGCGACCAAGGUAAAAUGA